CGCCCUGUUCCAACCUCCAGCUCAUCUCUAGUCUUUCAUAAUGCGUGAAAUUGUUCACCUUCAAACUGGCCAGUGCGGCAAUCAAAUUGGUGCCAAGUUCUGGGAGGUCGUUUCGGAUGAGCAUGGGAUUGAGCCGGAUGGCAUGUACAAGGGUACCAACGACGAGCAGCUCGAGCGGAUCAACGUGUAUUACAAUGAAGUCGGAGCGAACAAAUACGUUCCUCGCGCCGUGCUCGUUGAUCUCGAGCCUGGCACCAUGGACUCUGUCCGCUCAGGUCCUCUCGGAAGUCUCUUCCGUCCGGACAACUUCGUCUUUGGUCAGAGCGGAGCUGGCAACAACUGGGCGAAAGGACACUACACGGAGGGUGCCGAACUGGUUGACUCCGUCCUCGACGUUGUGCGUAAAGAAGCUGAGGGCACCGAUGCGCUUCAAGGUUUCCAGAUCACUCACUCUCUCGGUGGUGGUACUGGUGCCGGCAUGGGUACUCUGCUGAUUUCGAAGAUCCGGGAGGAGUACCCUGACCGCAUGAUGGCCACUUACUCUGUUGUGCCCAGUCCGAAGGUUUCGGAUACCGUUGUUGAGCCGUAUAAUGCAACUCUCUCUGUACAUCAACUCGUCGAGAACUCGGACGAGACAUUCUGCAUUGACAACGAGGCGUUGUACGAUAUCUGCUUCAGGACACUCAAGCUGUCGACACCGACUUACGGCGACCUGAACCACCUCGUUUCCAUUGUCAUGUCUGGUAUCACGACGUGUCUGCGAUUCCCUGGCCAACUGAAUUCCGACCUCCGUAAGCUGGCUGUUAACAUGGUGCCCUUCCCUCGUCUCCACUUCUUCAUGACCGGUUUCGCGCCUUUGACUGCUCGCGGCAGCCAGCAAUACCGCGCAGUCACUGUUCCUGAGCUGACCCAGCAGAUGUUCGAUGCCAAGAACAUGAUGGCUGCUUCAGACCCCCGUCACGGCCGCUACCUGACCGUUGCUGCUGUCUUCCGUGGCAAGGUCUCGAUGAAAGAGGUUGAGGAACAGAUGCAGAACGUGCAGAACAAGAACUCUGCCUACUUCGUCGAAUGGAUUCCGAAUAACGUCCUGACGGCGCAGUGUGAUAUUGCUCCUCGUGGCUUGAAGAUGGCUGUCACCUUCUUGGGGAACUCGACUGCUAUUCAGGAGCUGUUCAAGCGUGUAAGCGACCAGUUCACUGCCAUGUUCAAGAGGAAGGCCUUCUUGCAUUGGUACACGCAGGAGGGUAUGGAUGAGAUGGAGUUUACGGAGGCCGAGUCGAACAUGCAGGAUCUCGUGGCCGAGUAUCAGCAGUACCAGGAUGCUACCGCCGAGGAGGAGGGUGAGUACGAGGAAGAAGUCCCCGUCGAGGAGGAAUAAGCGCAUUCCUUCCAACGAUUGUUUCACGUUAUACAUUAUCCAGAUGCUCGUAUGUCCUCUAAAAAGCCAUUUUACAUAUCAUCCCUUUAUUGGUCGCUUUCCGAGUUUUCUGCACGUCUUUUCGUACUUUAUCCCUCGAUUCACGCUGGCAUCAAGUUACCCUAGUCUGCAUACCUGUCGCCCCGUUCAUUAACGUUGCAUGUCAUGAAUCCGAUGUCUAUCCCGCAGGUUUGCGCUGUAUGA